UGCAUACCAACGCAUUAACGGCUCUUCCUCUUUGUUGUUAUGUUCGCUGGUGAAGCAAAUUAAAAUCUCCACAUUUAGGGGGGAGAUGUUGGGUAUUCGGUGAGAUGCUAGCUGACACCGGCAGCGCUCAAUUCCGUUGUCUGUUCCUCCGUUCGUUCACCGCCACCUAUGACAUUAUAGAGUCGUUUGCGUGGAGUACGGACGUUCGUUGGCCAAAAACCCAACCACAAUUUUUUCCAAUUUUUCAGACAUUUGUGCAGUUGGAUUAUCUGCGGUAAACCAGUCGAUGGUGUGGUGAAAAGUACUCGAACACAGUAAGUGAUGUCGUUGACUUUGACCACAGAUAUAAAGAAAUAUACAAAAGAUUCAAUGGUGUCAACACGAGCUUGUUCUAUUGAGAAUAAAGCAAAACAAAAUAUUGCUAAACAGAAUGUCAAAGAUAUAACAGGUGAUACAAAAGUAAAAAUGGAAUAUGGUGGAAGUCAAUAUGCCAGUUGUUCAAAUGAAGAUAGUGAAGAAGACGAUCAAAAAUUACAAAAAUCUCACAUGAAAAAACCCUUUGAAACAUCUGUCUCUUCUUUUAAAGUGACAAUAAAAAAAACUAGAUCUUGCAGUAGCUCUUCAAGAGACUCAACUCAAUCUUUUGAGGUAGUAAAAAAUGUUCCUUCUACAAUACUAGAAAAUGAAUCCGGAGAAGAACACGAGGAUAAUCAAAAAGAUUCUGGAAAUGAACUAGACAAGAUUUCUGAUAAACAAAAUGAUGAUGACACUAUUGAAAAAGAAUCUGAUGAAGAGUCUGUUAGCGUCCAUAGUUCUGGCAAAGAUGAUGAUGAUGAUAGAACAACUGAGAGCCCUCAUGAAUCUGUACCAGAUCAAAAAAGUCCAAUUCAAUCUGAUAUAAAAAUACCCCAAUUGACUGUAAAAAAUAUGAUAGAUUUAAAAACGGAAGCAACAUCUUCAAAUUCAGCAACACCAGUUAAAACAGAGGAUUGUAAAAUCAAAAUAAAAUCAUUAAAAGAAGAACUAAUUAAAGAAGCAGACUUAGAAGAUGAAGUAGUUGUCUUGAAAGAUGAUUAUAAUGACAGUGAUCAACAUACCUCUCAGUCCCUAUCAGAAAAUGGAGUAGAAAAAAAAGAGUCUAAGGAAAAUGUAAAGGAAACAAAAUUAAGAGUAAAUGUUCGUUCUUUUGAUGAUUUAGCAGCUCCUCAGACAUUAAAUUUGAUUAAUAUGCAUGGGCAAAUUGAAUCUUCAUCAAAUUUUUUAUCUCAAAAUGGCACUUCAUUUUCUUCUCCAUUCUUGAAUCUUAGUUGUAAUGUAUGUGGAUUAAGUUUUGAAACUACCGAAUUACUAAAUGAACAUAGAAUUACAUUGAAGCAUCUCAAAUGUACUUUUAAAGAAUGUGAACCAUUGUUAUUCUCAGAUUUACCUGAGUUAAUAGAGCAUCAACGUUUAAUACAUAACAUUAUGCCUUCAUCAGUUCAACAAUUAGAACAUCAAGUACAACGACUACCAGCAAUGAAUUAUGACCAACAAUUACAGUCCAGUAGAGCUCUACCUGAUGGUUUGCCUCCUCCUUCUAAUGUACCUAAUAUGUAUAGUCAACCACUUAGAAUGCCUUUACAAAGACAAAUGAGACCAGUUAUAAGACAGCCUAUGCAUCAAAUGGUUUCUCCUAGAGGACGCAGCCCAUUAAUUAGUACAAGAGGAAGACCAGCCACUAUGGUUCCUGGUGUGAGAGGUAGCUCCAUGAAAAGAGCCGCACCUAUGCCUGUAAGACUUACACCUCCAGUUAAACGGUUUGCAGCUGAUAGGAAUACUUAUUCAAAUACAAUGAAUAAAACUCCCCCAAUUGUCAAAUCUUUAUCUGAAUCUCUUACAAAAUCUAUUAGUGCUUCAAGUAAGUCACCUGUCACUCAAAAGGAUGUUGUUAAUCUGUUAGGUAAACGAGGACUUACCAUAAGUACUGUGGAUACAGCAAGCAAUAUAAGUAUUCCUGCUGGUUUAAGUUUAAAUUCAGCCGUAUCUAUCAUACCUACUUCUCCAAGUAAAAAGCUUGACACUGUUGAUUUAACUGGACCUGAUAAACCUCGAAGUAAUUCGCAGUAUUAUCCUUGCACUCAUUGUACAAAAACUUUUUUGAAUAUUGAUAGUCUAAAUGAACAUAUUAGUUUGGCACAUAAAUCGACUAAACUUGCGUUUAAGUGCAAUUUAUGUGGCGCUAGUUAUCCUAAUUCUGCAAGUUUAAAUCAGCAUAAACAAACAUAUCACAAAGCAGAAAUGGCUGGUGCCCAAUAUGUUAUACCAAUAAUAGAUGUUAAUAGGCCAGGGGUAGCUUCUAGACUACAGUCAAUGGGGAUUACAAAUUUUUUACCAAUUGCUCAAUUAAAUCAACAAGGAAGUGAAUAUGGCUUGCCUAUAAUGAAUAUUAUGAGACCCGGUAAUUUAGAUAGUUUAGGAGCAACCAGUUAUUUUAACUUGGGUCCAAUUAAAAAGUUUACCAAGUACUAAUUUAUUUUAUUACAUAUUUUCAUUCACAGUUUAUUAACUGUAAUAUUAUAUUUACGCAUCUGUACAGAUAUAUGAUUUUGAAUAAUGUUCAUAUUAUGUUUUUUCAAUCAGUUGUUAUUAUUAUUUUUUAAUUAAUAUUUUUACAUUAUUUGCUGUAAUUUAAUGAUGUAUUUUUAUCUGAGUUUUUGUAUUAACUAUAUUUUGUUAUUAUUUUCAAUUUUUAGAUAAUUAACUAGUUAAAAUUUGUAUGAUUUUUCAAUUUUUGAAUUUAAAAAUGUAGACUUGACAUUGAUAAAAGUUAAUACUGCUGCUAAUUUUUUUUAUUGUUAUCGUGAUUUCAUUAUUUAAUUUUUUUUUAUUGUAAAGUUUUA